UCAGAUUAUACGGCGUGUGACGUUCUGAAGCACUGCGUGAGGCUCCUCCAUCAGGAAAUGUCGCAGCCGAUAAAGAAAGUGAUAUUGAAGGUGGACGUGCAUGAUGAAACAGCGAAGCAAAACGCCAUGAAGUCAAUCUCUGAUUUUCCAGGUGUGGAUUCAAUCUCCAUAAACAUGAAGGCCCAGGAAUUGACCCUUAUCGGGAACAUGGAUCCGGUUGGUGUAGUCAAAAAGCUGAGUGGGCUUUGCAAAGCCGAAAUAUCAUUUGUUUUACCAGCAGAAGAGGCUGAGAAGAAGAAGAAGAAGAAGAAGGAAGAGCCUGAGAGUUCAUCCAAAAAAAAGGAGGAAGAGACAAAGAAGGAUGAUGUGGCCAAGCUUGUGAGUGCCUACCAGGCCUAUAAUCCUUACACAUCCCAAGUUUAGUCUGUUGGAAACCUUGUGUAAUUUGCUGAUUCUUAGACCUUAGAAGAAUCAUAUGAAAAAAAAAAAAAAAAAAAAGAUGAUUGUGGGUGAUAUGUACAGUAACAGAAAAAUCUUUUGUGUUACUGGUGUGCUAGAAUACAUCACUGAGAGAGGCUUCAUGUACAGUAAGUGCUUUAUGUGCAGUGGGUGAUGAUGGGUUAGUUAAUCUUACAAAUGUUUUAUCUUGUAUGUGUUGUAAU